CUCACGCACUAAUCCUCCUCACCGCCAGGGGUCAGCCUGUGAUUAGACUGAAAAAGUUAACCUGGUUGCUGUGGUUCGUUUAACAGUUAAUUAAGCAUUACCUCUAACAAGUAGGUAAAGUCUUAACUUAAAUUUGACAUCAUCAGAGUUGAUCUUAGUGUCUGCCAAAUUAGUACAGAAAAGCGAUCCGCAAAGGUCCUCCUCCUGAGAGACAGAACUAAGGGCAACAAAAGUCCCACUCAUCGACCUCUGACUCGGAAGUGGCUUUGUUAGCAAACAAACGAAAGGGUGGUUUUCAUUCAAUACUUGGGAACCUUUGGGAUAUAUAUUAAAACAAGAAUUGUGAGUUGAGAUUAAACGGAAAACAGAGAGAAAUGUUUUACCAUAUUUCUUUGGAGCACGAAAUCUUACUCCAUCCAAGAUAUUUUGGGCCAAAUCUGCUCAACACCGUGAAGCAGAAGCUUUUCACAGAGGUUGAAGGGACGUGUACUGGCAAGUAUGGCUUUGUUAUUGCAGUCACCACCAUUGACAACAUUGGGGCUGGUGUCAUCCAGCCAGGCAGGUUUGUCCUCUAUCCAGUAAAAUACAAGGCCAUCGUCUUCCGUCCGUUUAAAGGAGAAGUGGUGGAUGCUGUGGUCACUCAGGUUAACAAGGUUGGAUUGUUCACAGAAAUUGGUCCCAUGUCUUGCUUCAUCUCUCGCCAUUCUAUCCCCUCAGAAAUGGAGUUUGACCCCAAUUCUAACCCACCCUGUUAUAAGACAGUUGAUGAGGACAUUGUAAUCCAGCAAGAUGAUGAGAUCCGGCUGAAGAUUGUGGGAACCAGAGUGGAUAAGAAUGACAUCUUUGCCAUCGGCUCUCUCAUGGAUGAUUACCUGGGUCUUGUGAGCUGAAUUACUUCUGAGGAGCACAAAAUAAUGGGACAUUGUUUUGUAGUAGCCAAGUUUGUUUGUUAAAAUAUAUAUUUUUUUCUACUGUUGUGGUAUAAUGGCAGGUGGCCGUAUCAUUUAUUAUGCUGUACAGGCUACAUUUGUCUUUUUUUUUUAAUGGAAAUGGUGUGAGAGUUGUAAAAAUUUACUUAAAAAAACUUACAGUAAAUAGAAGUAGGGCACUUUGAGUAAUGUUGAUUUCAUUUUGAAUUUCCAUCAUUCCUUUUGCUUUAACAUGUGCUGUAAUAAAAUAUUUUAUUUGUUAUUACAUU